UCUGCACUUUGAAUUAUUUACCCAUAAGUUGUACGGAAAUAAUAUACAUGAAAUAUCCUAAUGUAUCAGAGAACAAAAAAACAUAUGAAAACCAAACUUGAUUUUCAAAACUUUUUUUUUUUGUUCUCGUAUAACCAGGUGUCGAAGCUUUACUCCUCCAUGCCCAACACCUCAAGGCCUAAACCCAGGAUUCGCAUAAAGGUUUGAACUUGGAACUUCUGAGUCAGUUUUUGUUCUGCUGUAUUUAAAUUAAGUGUGAAAGCUUAUUUAACUUUAAUACUACCGUGGCAUGAAAUCACUAUUCAAAGAUUUAGAAGGAUGAAAGUCACUCUAAAUGUAUUGUUCUUAGGAGGGAAAAAAAUUAAUGACCUCAGCAGCUUCUCUCAACCAAAUGCCGCCUUUACAUUAGGACCCAAGCUGAGCUAAUAAAGAGGCCUACUAUCCCAAGACAAGACAAUAAGUAAAUAAUGUCUGCACCCAAGUCGACACUGUUCAUUGGCCAAACAAGCUCUUUAAAUUCUCUUCUUCAACUUCCAAUUACCUUAAUCCCUUCUACACCACUUCUUUUCUCUUUGCCUCAUAAAGAAAAAUAAAGAGAAGAUCAAUUUUAGAAACAUGGGGUCACCAUUUUCCAACUUCCUCAACCACAAAAAUUUCUUACUCUUCAAAAUUUCCAUGAUCCUAUUCAUAAACUGGGCAAUUUAUAGACCUAAUCUUUGUUUCACCAAGUGUUUCGGGGAGCCAACCGAUGACCCUGCUAUACAGUCUUCUUCCAAAGUGCUUUCAUCCUUGGAAACAAUAAACCUAGAUGGAUACUUUAGCUUUAAAAACAAUCAAGAAGCAGCUAAAGAUUUUGGCAAUAGAUAUAACAUGCUACCCUUAGCAGUUUUACAUCCACAUUCCGUUCAUGACAUUUCAAUUACAUUAAAGCAUAUUUUUCAAAUGGGUUCAGGAACAGAACUUACAGUUGCUGCAAGGGGCCACGGCCAUUCUCUUCAAGGUCAGGCACAAGCCUUGCGAGGCAUAGUUAUCAACAUGGAGUCCCUGAAGGAACCAGCCAUGCAGGUUCACAGUGGGAAUCUUUCAUGGGUGGAUGUCCACGGAGGGGAGCUGUGGAUAAAUAUCUUGCAUGAAACACUUAAAUAUGGCUUAACACCAAAAUCUUGGACUGACUACCUUCAUCUUUCUGUGGGUGGUACUCUAUCAAAUGCUGGUAUUAGUGGGCAAGCUUUUAGACAUGGACCUCAAAUCAGUAACGUUCACCAGUUAGAAGUUGUCACAGGAAGGGGAGAAGUAGUUACCUGUUCAGAGCAAGAGAAUUCAGACUUGUUUUACAGUGUACUUGGAGGCCUUGGUCAGUUCGGCAUCAUCACAAGGGCGAGGAUAUCUCUAGAAUUAGCACCAAAAAUGGUAAAGUGGAUAAGAACCUUGUAUUCAGACUUUGCCAUAUUCUCCAAGGACCAGGAGCAUCUGAUAUCCUCCAAAUAUUCCUUUGAUUAUAUCGAAGGUUUUGUUCUAAUAAAUAGAACUGGUAUUCUCAACAAUUGGAGAUCUUCCUUUGAUCCCAAAGAUCCAGUUCAAGCGAGCCAAUUCGUCACAGAUAGGACAACUCUGUAUUGUCUAGAAAUGGCCAUGUACUUCAACUCUGAAGAGAAAGAAACUAUGAACAAGAGAGUCGAGAAGUUGCUAUUGCAAUUGAGCUACAUUCCAGCCACUCUCUUUCUGUCGGAAGUUCCUUACGAGGAGUUCCUGGAUAGAGUGCACAUAUCUGAGAAAAAACUCAGGGCAAAAGGAUUGUGGGAGGUUCCUCAUCCUUGGCUGAAUUUAAUGAUCCCAAGAAGCAGCAUACAUGAUUUUGCAGCAGAGGUGUUUGGCAAAAUUCUUUCAGAUUCUACCAGUGGUCCCAUACUAAUCUACCCAGUCAACAAAUCCAAGUGGAACAAUAAAACAUCAUUGAUCACACCAGACGAAGAAAUUUUCUACCUAGUGGGUUUCUUAUUUUCUACACUGCCAACUUCAACCGGAAAAGAGAGCUUAGAAUACAUUUUAGCCCAAAACCAAAUAAUUUUGGACUACUGUGCCAGGGCCCUUCCAGGAUGUAAGCAAUAUCUGCCUCAUUAUCGCUCCCAAGACGAAUGGCAAGCUCAUUUUGGCUCCAAAUGGCGGGUACUGAAGGAGAGGAAAUCUGCCUAUGACCCAUUAUCAAUCCUUGCACCAGGACAAAGAGUCUUCCAGAAAGCCACUUCUGUACAACAUCUUAUAUCCAAAACAAAACACAAAAAAGGCAUCCUAGAGGAAGAGAAUGCUAAAAUGAUCUAAUAAAGGCGAAAUAAAUCAAGUGUAUCCAAGCAUAAUAAUAACAUUAAUCAGAAAGGGACUGGAGGUAUUGAGUUGUCAGUGAGAGUUUUACGAUUUAAAAUCACAAUCAAAUGUCCAGUGCACCAAAGGGUUAUGAGCUUAACCUUUCUUCCAAAGGACAUAUAAAGCAUAAUUCUGAAAGAUUCACUCUCAAAA